AUGGCCGGGUCACCUCCCCUCUCCCCCAAGGCCGCCGCCGCUGCUAUGGAGGCCGCUGAGGCCGCGCGCAAGGAGCGCCAAGCCGCCCGCGAUGCUGCUCCUGCCCAGGCUGCCAAGGCCGAGCAGGAGGCGGCCGCCGCCGACAAGGAGAUCGACGCCCUCGCUGCUCGCAAGCGCGAGGCCCUCCAGCGCGACGUUGCAGCACGCAAGGCCGCCGUCGCUGCCCUCGACGACGCCCAGGGCGGCGACGAUCACUCCAGCGAUGGCAGCGAUCUUCACAGCGCCAUGCUUCAACAUGAAGCCGCCGCCAUGAUCAAUCUGCACGCCCAGGCCGUGGGUGUCCAGAACAUCCGCAGCCUCGUCCACUCCGUCCUCGACAUCGCCACCGGUAACUACAACCGCUGGCGGGAUGAGUUCCUCGUCGUCGUCGGGAAGUACUCCCUCGAGGACCACGUCCUCAACGACACUCCGGCAUCGAACUUCCCCGACUGGGUACGCAUGGACUGCGUCGUCAAGUCGUGGAUUGCAGGCACCAUCUCCACCGAUCUUGCUGAGACGGUGAUGGAGCGCACCUCUACAGCCCACGACGUCUGGCUGGCCCUGGAAACCCAAUUCUUGGGGAACCGGGAGACUCACACGCUCCACCUCGACCUGCAGUUCCGGAACUUCGUCCAGAGCGAUCUCUCCAUCGUUGACUACUACGGCUGUUUCAAGACCAUGGCGGACAGCCUCGCUGCCCUUGGUGAGCCCAUCACCGAUCGCACAUUGGUUCUCAACGUCAUCCGUGGGCUCAACGACCGGUACAACGACAUCGGCCGCCAUCUCCGCCACGGCCGCCCGUUCCCGCAGUUCAAGGACGUCGUCUCCGAGCUCACCUUGGAGGAGCUGACCAUGGCGCACAAGCUGGGGGCGUCCCCUACUGCCCUUGUUGUGGCCACGUCGAAGCCCUCCAGCACUGCCCCUCCUAAGGGCGGCGGCCGGCCCUCCGACCAGUGCUCGGGUGGCUCCAGCUCCGGGGGCGCAUCGUCCAAGUCCAAGCCGCGGUGGAACAAGCAGCGCAGCAAGUCCGGCGGCGCUCCGGGCAGCACUCCUUCCUCCUCCGGCGGCUCUGGGACCUCCAAGGGGGCUGGCUCGGGCGCCUCCACUGUGCUGUGGCUAUCGCUCCACAACCCUACAUAUGGAGACAAACCUGCUGCACAGCAUAGGCGAUGUCGGGUCUGGUGA